CGCCGCUCGUCUCUGGACGCAGUUGUUGGCGCUCCCUGGCUCAGUGCCACCUCACAGUGCCAUACUGAGCGGCUCCUCGCAGUGUUUUCUUGCGUCCACCUACAGUCAAUAAUCGGAGGCCAUCUUUAAAAGUCUUGAACAUAGAGAACUUUGUGUAGUCUACUGAUGAGACUUUGUGGUGAUAAGACUCUGGAAGACUAACGCGGGAUAUAAAACAUUUGAUCUGAGUAUCACGGGUUCACCAUGGAUCCCGGUAAGAUAUUCCAGAUCAUCACCAACAGCACACUCUUGG